AUGGGAGGCAACCAGACAUGGAUCACAGAAGUCACCCUACUAGGAUUGCAGGUGGAUCCAGCACUGGAGAUAUUUCUCUUUGGACUUUUCUCUCUCUUCUAUACACUCACCCUGCUCGGGAACGGGGUCAUCCUGGGGAUUAUCUACCUGGACUCUAGACUGCACAUCUCCAUGUACUUCUUCCUCUCACACCUAGCCAUUGUUGACAUGUCCUAUGCUUCCAACAAUGUCCCCAAGAUGCUGGUGAAUCUUGUGAGCCCAAACAGAACCAUCUCCUUUGUUCCAUGCAUUGUGCAAACAUUCUUGUAUUUGGCUUUUGCUCACAUAGAGUGCCUGAUUUUGGUGGUGAUGUCCUAUGAUCGCUAUGUGGCCAUCUGCCAUCCCCUACAUUACACUGUCAUCAUGAACUCAAGUGUGUGCAUUGUCCUGGCUGUCAUUUCCUGGGUGGUUAGCUUCCUCCUGGCUCUGAUCCAUUUAGUUCUCAUCCUGAGGCUACCCUUCUGUGGGCCUCAUGAAAUCAACCAUUUUUUCUGUGAAAUCCUAUCUGUCCUCACACUGGCUUGUGCUGACACCCGGCUCAACCAAGUCGUCACCUUUGUAGCCUGUGUGUUUGUCUUAGUGGGUCCCCUGUGCUUGGUGCUGGUCUCCUACUCCCGCAUCCUGGUGGCCAUCCUGAGGAUCCUGUCUGGGGAGGUGCAGAAAGCCUUCUCCACCUGCUCCUCCCACCUCUGUGUGGUGGGGCUCUUCUUUGGCAGCGCCAUCAUCGUGUACAUGGUCCCCAAGUCCCGCCAUCCUGAAGAGCAGCAGAAGGUCCUUUCCCUGUUUUAUAGCCUUUUCAACCCUAUGCUGAAUCCCCUCAUCUACAGCCUGAGGAACACAGAGGUCAAGGGUGCCCUGAGGAGAGUGCUGAGGAAAGAGAGGCCAGUGUGA